AUGCAGCCCCCAGCAGGCAGAAACCUGCCCGUGAAAUUCGUGGACCCUGGCUUCACAGCAGCCGGGCAGCACCAGAAGAAUGUGAGGAGCUAUGGCAGUGGGUGGGCGCUGCUGUGCUGCGCCAUGGUCAGCAAGAGCCUCCUCAACCUCGUCCAUUCCCUCUCCGCCCACCACCCCAUCGCUCUGGUCUACAGCGACCUGCAUCCUCAGUGGGUGAAGAGCGUCGCCUUUUUCCUCCGCUGGCAGGGCCUCAAAUCCCUCGCCCUCACCUACACGCAGAUCAUGCAGCUCGACACCCUCGACUCGCAGCGCAAGUGGUCCUUCGCCUCCCUCACCUCGCUCAGCCUCAAGCUGCGCGGCUCUCUGGACUGCUCCCAGCUGUUUGACGACGUGGAGCAGGACGACCGGUGUGAUGUGGAGCGGGACUACUGGGACUGUUACUUCCUCUGCCCGGACCUGCAGCGGCUGAAGCUGGGCCGGGGGAAAUGGGUCCUUGCGGACGGCUGGGCGGAUGAGUUUAGGUCGCUACGCAGUUUGACUCUCAUGCACGUGGACUGGAGCAACGUGGAUUUUGAGUAUCUGGGCAAGAUCUCUCCGCAGCUCACGGAGUUCGCGCUCUAUGAUUGGUGGAAUUUGGACCGGCCGUCCCUCGGCCCUGGUGCCGGCUUUGCCAAGUUCUGUUUCGACUUCUCAUCAGCUCGCGUCCUGCGCUUCUUCUUCCCGCAGAGCAGCCUCACGCUCUUCCUCACCCUCUCCCGCUCGCUCAAGGCCUUCUCAGCCGUGGCCAAACGCCUCGUCCUCUCCUGCAAGAGCAGCGCUCCUCUCUAUCUCGACCACCUCUCACUCUACGGCCAGGAGCGGCUCGUCAUCUCCUCCCUCCGCCUCGCAUCCGCACGAGUGGCCUACCUCAACGGCCCUCCCAUCGACCAGCACUCCCGCGAUGAUGCCUACUCCACCUGCUGGACAUCCCCUGCACCUCCCACUGACUGGCAACGUCUGCACCGCAGCGGCUUGCCUGAAUUCUCCUGGACUGCUUGGCUGGCCGCUAUAGCGCGGACAGUGGAGGUGCUUAUAGUGAGGCAUAGGGUGCCUCUAGAGCUGGUGGAUGCAGAGUGGAGCAGGCUGCGCAGCCUUGGGAUUGUCGUGGAGAGUGAGGAGCGGUUUGAGGUGAAUCUGGAGGUGGAGAGGCGGCGGGAUGAUGGUGAGGAGGAGGUUACAGCGGAGGAGUUUCAGGAUCGGAAUCUAAGGCAGAGGCUUUUGCAGCAGCAGCAGCGGCAGCAGCAGCCGUGGCGGCAGCAGGAGGAGCAGGAAGAGGAGGAGGAAGAGGAUCAAGCAGGAAAACCCCCAUUCAUCAGGGCUCCGAAUAUGCAAACUAUUUUCUUCCCCACCCGCACAUGCGAGCAGCAGACCCUUGCUUCCCUUCACGAAUCAUAUUCCUCCCUCGCCCUGUACUGCAUCGCAUGUCGUUCUUUCUACUGGGAGAAGCAGGGCAAGGAGCUGGCUGAGACCCCUGUGGUGCAUGUGAGGAAGGGGAGGAGCGGUGUGUCAAGCAAUAGUUGGGGGGAGAGGCGGCCGAAGAAUGUGAGGGAGAAGAUGCACGGUGUGAAUAGGGAGCUGGUUGAAGGGUAUAGUGUUGAUAAAGAUGAGGCUUAUAUGCUCAAGUACAAAGGCAGCCUCUGGAGGACUUACUGCUCCUACCGCCUCUAG